CCGCGAUUAAAGCUUAGGAGGUUUUGACACGUUUACAAAUCCGGUGAUUCGAGCUGGUGAAUCCUGAAACGUUCUCUGAUCGCGCGAGAAAGAGAGAGUGGCAACUCGUUGAUAUUGCAGAAGGAUGCACCGAUCAGGGAAUGCUGUUCGUUCAUAGAGGGUGUGAGAUCAUUGUACAAACAUUAUGACGAAUUGCUGCCUCCGGAGUGAUACGAAGGAUUGUAUUUUUUUUUCAUCGUCCGUAUUUCUUUGCGUAUCGUGCGAUCGUAUCAAACAUGAGUGGUCGUGAACGUUAUUACGAUUAGCAACCGACAGGUCGUUAGAAUCCAGUGGUUCGAAGCAUAACUUUAUUUACAUAAUAAACGAUAGGAGUUCAUCAAUCAUGAAGAAACAAUUCUUUCGGGUAAAACAGCUCGCCGAUCAAACGUUUUCUAGAGCUGGCAAAACAGAAGUGCUCACAGACGAUUUGCAAGCUGCAGACAAACAUGUAGAGCAAAUCAAAAAUGCCCUCCUCGGAUUGAACAAGAGGUUUGGUAAUCCGCCGAAUCAGGCUACGACGCAAGACCCUGUGCUCAAGGAAAAGCGAUUGAAAAAGUGUGCGGAAUAUGUAUUGGGUGAGGUGAUGAGGGAAAAUGCCCCAGAGGAUGGCCUAAUGCGUUUUACUUUACGGGAGUGCGGUGAUGCACAGAAGCAACUGGCAACGGAGUUGAUCGAGCACGAGGUGAAAGUCGAGCAAUAUGUGGCGAGUCCUCUUCAAAAUAUUUUAGACACGGAUGUACCAAAUAUACUAAAGCAUAAGAAAAAUCUAGCUAAGUUGACGUUAGACAUGGACAGCGUGCGAACGAGAUAUCACCAAGCCAGCAAGCAUAGUACUACCAGUGUGGGUGCGUCGAAACUGGAUAACUUGAGGGAGGAGCUUGAAGAGGCCGAAUCCAGAGUCGAGCAAUGUAGGGAUCAUUUGGCAGCAGAGAUGUUUCAACUUAUGUCACGGGAAACCGAAUUGGCACACAUUAUUGUACAGUAUGUGAAACUUCAAAGGGCUUACCACGAAAGCGCGUUGCGCUGCCUCGAAGAACUCAUACCUGGGCUAGAGAGUUAUAUCAACGACAAUGAAAUGAAACCAGUGUAUGGUUUUCCCUUGGAAGAACACCUAAGAGUAACCAACAGAAAAAUUGCGUUACCUAUUCAGUUAUGUGUGUCCGCAUUGUUACGAUUAGGGGUGGAAGAAGAGGGUCUCUUUCGAAUAGCUGGUGCUGCGUCCAAAUCGCGACGAAUUAAAUUAAGUUUAGAUGCUUGCUGUCUGACGUUACCAACCGCUCUAGAAUACAAAGAUCCCCACGUAAUAGCUGGUGCAUUGAAGUCUUAUUUACGAGAGCUUCCCGAGCCUCUAUUAACGUUCAAAUUGUACCCGGAAUGGAUGGCAGCUGCGAAAAUAACUCAGAGCGAACCGAGGUUGAGAGCUCUUUGGGAGGUGUUGUAUAAAUUGCCGGCAGUAAACUUAGAAAAUCUACGGUUCCUAAUCAAAUUUUUAGCUGUACUGACUAAAAACCAAGACGUGAAUAAAAUGUCCCCGCAAAACAUCGCGAUCGUGAUAGCGCCUAAUUUAAUAUGGAGUCCGCAGGAGGAUGUAAAUACGAUGGUAAUGAACAUGAGCACGGCUAACAAUUCUAGUCUUAUAGUAGAUCAGUUGAUCACGUACGCGGAUUGGUUUUUUCCGGGUGAAAUAGAUUUCGAUCGUGAUUUAGACGUCGGUAUCGUGAAUGGUUCGGAGAAUCAGAACAUAGAGACGAUUCGUCGUUGCAUUUCGAACAGCAGCCUCAGCGACCACGGGGAAAGUCCACCGCAAGGUAGUCCUAAGCCAGCGGCUCGUAGGAAAAAUAAGCCAGCUCCCACUCCGCCAAAUAGCACCACUCCAGAUAAACAUGACAAGAGGUCCGAUGAUAAACCACCACCAACGCCUGAUAAACCGCCCAGACCAUUGACGUCGACUCUCAAUCGCAAGACUCACAAACAACACGAAACGCUGCACACCGAGUCGAUCGUCAAACACGAAAACAGUGCGGAGAAACAUGACGGAAAUACAGAGGUAGAGACUAAACAGCAAAAUAUCGAGGCAAAUGCGAUCGCCGAUUCUCCGACCGUGAACCAAGAAUGUAUCAUCGAACCGCAAGACGUGCACGUCGAUACGGAAAUUGAGAAGAAUAUCUUAGAAGCUCAAAAACAUGACAAGAGAAUCACCGUUCCGGUUCCUGUUGAGAGACAAACCGCGGAAAUCGGGUCGAGCAAUAAGCCUGCUACGGAUACCGAAAUGUUCGAUGCUUCUGUGCAAAGAGUAAAAGCUGUGCCAGCAGAAAGGCCUAAUCCCUCGACGUUGGAGAGACGCAGACCGAUAGCAGCCCCGAGAACUAUAAGCAAUAUAGUACAUAACACGGAAGAACCCGUGGAAAUACGUAAGAGGACCGAUAGCAGUAUCCCGGCGUGUACGAUCAUGCCUGACAGAAGUAGCAAACCAGCGAUACCUGAACGACCAGCUGGACUGAUGCGACCGUCGAGCCUAAUAAAACAACAACCACCGCGGCAGAGCAGCGAGAACUUAGAAGCCGAUACAGGGCCGUUGACUUUGGAAAGGGCUCACGUGUAUUCAGUGGACAAACAGCAGGUCAGUAUAAUACAAGUGCGUGGGAAUGGCAAUCCGUUCUGCACCUCGGGGAACAACAAUGGCAACGCGGGUUCGAACUUACAGAGGAGCCCCAGUGUAGGUAGCCGGCCUUCGUCUAUGUCCCUGUACGGUGAACGACCGGAAAGGCCAGCCAAAUUGAACGCUCCGGAGCAAACGAAAGCCCACGUGCGAACCAGAUCCGAAGGAAAUAUAAUCGAUGUGCAAACACAGACUCAGACGGUGGUAGUUGCCAAAUCGCCGCACCAACAACCUGUACCAGCGUCUCCGAGAUUUCAUCAGAGGCCACCGCGGCCUCAACCACCGCCGCCUCCUCCGCCCACCGCGCGAGUUAAAUCGGAACACGAAAGUACUAAUCUAUAGAAUUAACUUGUGCAUAAAAGUGAUUACUAUAUUUAUAAGAGAACUUUAUAAGAAUCAUUAAUAUUUUUUCAAACGAAGGCUAUAUUUCUUACGAGACAAUAUGAAACUGCGGGGAACUUGCAAGGAAACAAGUUUUCUGUUCAGAUUUUGUAUAAUGACUGCUUUGAGUUUUAGUAUUCCAUUUGAAUCGAAGACACGGUUUAACAAGAUUUUUCUAAAAAUGACGAGAGCACCUCUGUGCUCUCUAAACGACACGAAUUAACACACGAUUCGCGAAUUUAAUGUUACGCAUUUUUAAGUUGUUCUAGUUGUACGUUAAAGAGAAAUUAUUGGAGAAAUUCUAUCUAAUUUUCAUAUUUAAUUCUAUGUUUGUGAAUUAUCAAUUUUUAUACCUGUUAUAGGAGUAAUGAAAAAAAUGAUUAUACCAAAUACAAUUUGGCAUUCGAUCUCUUUAGAUUCGAGACGAAAUAUAAUAAAUGUCGAUGUGUAACAACAUUACUUUGUGAGUGAUAUUUUGACAGAGGCAGCUUGAUUAAUUCACAUUGUCAAACGAUGCAUUUUCUUUACGUUAAUUUAAUUCCGUUUAAGCAGUAUUCAAUGGACAUAUUUAAUACGUAUAAUUUGUGAAGAGAGUUGAACAAACUGACAUUUACAAGCCUUUUGUAGCUUUCGAAUGAUAUCAAAUAAAUAUCCUAUUCUAUAAGUGAUCGAUCGAUUAGUCAAGGUAUUAUUUCACAUUUCGUGAUCAAUUGUUCUGUACACGAUUUAACAAGUUGACUCUGUGACGAAUCAUGCAUUUACCUAAGGAGUGCUUAGGCUGUGAAUGUAAUGGAAACUACUAUAGGACCUAUUUGUAUAUAAUUAUAUAUAAAGAGUUUAUAAAAAUAA